CAACAAAUGUUUAAAGGUCACCAAAAAGGUGAAAUUAUAUCCUUGCCCCUUAAACUAUAACAGUUUGCUAACAGAGUUAGUGUUAAGAGUAAGAUUGAUUAAUUUCUGAAACAUUAGGUUUAGGGGCCAGCCUAAUUGAAAGUGUAAUAAUCUCUAUGCGAUCAUUUCCGAAACAUUAGAGGUGUUAAGUGAUUUUCUCUCGGUAUUAAAUUUAAUUACAUGUUGAAUUGUCCCUUUUACCGUUUGUUAAAUUCUACGAGGGGAUUUUGUCAUUUCAUCUGUAGGAGAGCAGAUGUGAAGCCUGAAAAUCUGGUUGGCACUUGGCAGCUUAUUAGUCGACAAUUGACCAAUGCGCGUCAAUGGUAUUAUGGUCUUGACGAGAUGUGGAAACUUCGCAGCCGGUUAUCCUUUCUGGGGAGGUGACCGACCUAGUGGUUGUGGCCAUCCUGACCUGCAGCUCUAUUGUGGUUGUGAUGGUAUUAGGGAAAGGAUUGAUUACUAUUACAGCAGCGGAGACGUGAUACACAAUUAUUGUUCAACUGAUAGACCUACCAUGGUGAUCAAUGCUGUAGUCUACAGUAUUUUAAAUAUUGACGAGAAAGCCCAAAUUCUCAAGAUUUCAAGAGUGGACUACCUGGACCGAAUUUGCUCACCUGUAUAUCCCAACAGCACUAUCAAGUCUACACUUCUUAAUUAUGAUCCUGGGUAUGAGCUGCUUACUUUAUCUUACAAUUGCCAAGGAUAUGCAUCUUCUCCGGCAGUACACUUCUCUUGCUCUGAAAAUAAUAGUUAUAGUUAUGACAAUGUAUCCAUAGCAGAAGGGCUUGCCCCUACUCUGGAGGGAUGCGAGACCUUUAACACGGUUCCAGUUUCUAGGAGUUUACAUUCAACAAUGAUAGGAAAUUUGUCGGUUUUGGAAGAAGCCAUAAGAGAAGGAUUUCAGGUGAAAUGGACCGUGAGCGGCAUCGCAUGUGAGGAAUGCAAAUCUAAUGGAAGUUGUGGUUACGAUCUUCAGUUCAAUAAGGCAUUUUGCUACUGCCCAAAUGGACUAUCCUUCACAUCAUGUUCUACCCCAAAAGAGCCUUCACCUUCAUCAGGCGUUGCAGCUUGCGCAGUUGGAAUACUGAUAAUCCUCUCUAUAUUUCUCAUGAGUGGCCGCCUUCGACGAAAGCUUAGAUUAGAUAAGGUUGUCUUCUUCUGGAAGGAUAAAACAGAGAACGAUGAAAACAUAGAGGCCAUUGUUAGAAAUUACGGAUCUCUUGCUCCGAAAAGAUAUAAUUUUUCCGAUAUUAAAAAUAUGACGAAAUCAUUCAGCAAUAAACUUGGUCAAGGUGGCUAUGGCGAUGUUUACAAAGGAAUUUUACCGGAUGGUCCUCUUGUAGCUGUCAAGGUCUUGAAGGAAUCUAAGGGUAACGGAGAGGAAUUUAUGAAUGAGGUGGCUAAUAUUAGCAGAACAUCCCAUGUAAAUAUAGUCGCUCUUCUUGGAUUUUGUUGCGAGAGAAAUAAAAAAGCUCUCAUUUAUGAAUUCAUGCCUAACGGGUCUUUAGAUAAGUUCAUAUAUGAUCAAGAAUCUUCAAGUAUGAACCAAAAAUUGGAAUGGAAGACAAAGUUUCAAAUUGCAGUGGGAAUUGCAAGAGGACUAGAGUAUUUACACAGAGGUUGUAGCAUCAGGAUUGUACAUUUUGACAUAAGACCUCAAAAUAUUCUUUUGAAUGAAGACUUUUGCCCAAAGAUAUCUGAUUUUGGGCUUGCUAAACAAUCCAAAAAUAAAGAAAGUACCAUAUCAAUGUUGGAUGCAAGAGGAACUAUUGUCUAUAGUUAUGGAAUGAUGAUUCUUGAAAUGGUGGGAGGAAGAAAGAAUAAUGAUGUUACAGCAUCUCGCACCGAUGAAAUAUAUUCUCCACAUUGGUUAUUCAAGCACCUUGAACCAGGCAAAGAAGAGGACCUUAAACUUCAUGGGGUUGUUACUGAAGAGGAAGAAGAGAUGGCAAAGAAGAUGAUCUUCGUAAGCUCGUGGUGCAUUCAAACUUUUCCGUCUGAUAGACCUUCAAUGACUAAGGUUGUGGAAAUGUUGGAAGGUAGCCUAGAAAACUUGCAAAUUCCACCGAAACCUUCAACGUCUUCUCCAACAAUGUCGCCGCCUAAGAAUCUUCCCCUGCAACAUCACCGACAUAAACUUGAAUCACAGGAAGAAAGCAGCGGUAAGCCGGGUGAUAUGUGA